CACUGCACUUCCGUUCCCCAUGACACCGGAGUGAAGUUCUGACAGCUCAGGCUUCACUCGGUGCAUUCUCACCCCAUAAAAACCUGCAUAAAUAUCACAUUUUCCUCACCAUUUUCGCUCUCAAGUGCCUCAAUCUCCGCCUGGAGCUUCAGCGAGCGGAGGGCAGCCGAUGAUGUUGUAGCACGGAGCGCUAGCUCGGAGAUUACAGGCAUUUGAGUAGCAGUGCAGACCAAGGCAGAGCGCUGCUGAGUAGCCAUGCUCACAUUGGCCAGUAAGCUGAAAAGGAGUGAUGGAGGACAGACAGGCCGUGCCUCUGGAGCCUCUGACUCAACUCAUAGGGUCUCGAUAAGGGACCGUCUCCUUACCAAAGAAGUUGCAGAACUUGAAGCCAAUCUUCCUAGUACAUGCACAGCCAAUUUCCCAGACGAGGACAAGCUGCACCAUUUUCAGUUGGCAGUGUCUCCUGAUGAAGGUUACUACCAAAGUGGGAUGUUUCAGUUUGAAAUAGAUGUUCCAGAAGCUUAUAACAUGGUGCCUCCAAAAGUGAGAUGUCUGACUAGAAUAUGGCAUCCAAAUAUCACUGAGAGUGGAGAGAUCUGCCUGAGCCUAUUGCGUGAACAUUCUAUCGAUGGAACAGGAUGGGCUCCCACCAGAACGUUAAAGGAUGUGGUCUGGGGAUUGAACUCGUUGUUCACCGACUUGUUGAAUUUUGAUGAUCCGUUAAACAUUGAUGCGGCAGAACAUCAUCUGAGAGACAAGGAGGAUUUUCGUAAUAAAGUUCAAGAUUACAUCAAGCACUACGCCAGAUGAUAGACGCAUCGCGCCGCGUCAAGCUGCUCCACCUUUGCCUCAACUCAUCUCGGCCGGGGGUCCUCACGCAAUCAGUCGCCGGCCGUCCUAAUGUACCACUCUCGCUCACCAGAUUGCAAUAAACCUCAACGUUUUUAAAGGAAGGACGCGUCCACACAAAGCACCGUGCUUGAAUGGUCCAACAGUGAUUUUGGAGGCGACAGUGUGUGAUCAUCGUGACGCAGUCACUGAAUGAAGCUGCUGGCUUGGCGCUUGAACGGCCAACGUGCUGCGACGUGAUGAAUCACAAUGAACGUAUGUAUUUGUUUUAACAUUAAGUCAUUCAGAGAAGGUUUCAACAGUUGUCACGUUCCAGUGCCUGCAGUGCUUGUGUUGGGAAAGAGAAAAUGCAUUUAAAGAACACAUUUACACACACAUCAUUAUUAUUAUUAUUAUUAUUAUUAUCUAUGCUGUCACGCUACAGUAGUACUUAUGCACUCACGCUGCAGAUCAACUCCCAGUCCACUAGACAGCAUUUGAAUGAUCAGCACCAUAUCUGUCUGUUGUCAUUCUCUUGCACGUUCACACACACACACACACACACACACACACACACACACACACACACACACACACACACACACACUUUUGAUCACCUUUGUUUACCUCAUGUGCAGAGGGAGUGACUACUGUACAAUAACUGGACACUUUUUGUCUUCUGCUGCUCAUCUUCCCGUUUUCCUUUUCAUCUGCCUUCUCGUCAUGUCACUCAGACACACACACACAAAAUUCAAAACCAAAAGAAUAAGAAGGUCCACUUAUGCCGAACACGAGUGCAGGCAGCGAUUACUUGAUUCCAGUAGACAAUAAAUUCUGGUCAACAAUAGCAAAUUAUUCAAAAGCAGAAAGAGUAAUGACUUUUUAUUUUAAGGUUGUUUUGAACAAAAUCUACCGUCUUCCUAAUUUUUUAGAAUAUUUUAAUGUGGAAAAUACAGGCCAUUUACCCUUACAUAAAACAUCUGUCAUGGCAUGUUUUGAAUUGGGCACAAGCACAGGUGUCAAACUUGAGGCCCAGGGGCCAGAUCUGGCAAGCCAUAUAGUGUUUAUGGCCCACGAACGCCUGGAAAUAAUAUGCGUCAAUAAAGUACUUUAUUUUUUAUUUUUAUUUUUUUACUAAAUGUAUUAUUUUUUUCCCAUUUUGACAGAAAAAAAAACUCUGCUUGAAAGUGCAUACUUUUUAAAAUUGAAUCAUACUUUCCAAACAAUUCUUUAAAAAAAUUAAAAAAAUACAUAAAUAUCUUCUUUACCUAAAAUUUCAAAGCAUGUUUUCCAUUAAAUCGUACACUGCUAAAUAGAUUUUACGGUAAAAUGUACCGUGGUUUUUACAGCAUAUCGCUGUGAAUUGAAAAACAGUAUAAUUCUGUUGACUGAGUUACCAGCUUUUUUUUUACUGUAAAAGCCACGGUUGUUGUUUUUGCGAUGUAUUACUACUUUAAAUGGAAAAACGGUGCAGCAUUUUUUUAUGAUAAAAAAAACUGGCAGCUCAGUUGCCAGAAAAAACAAAAAAACAAAAACAGUACUACUGUUUUUCCAAUAUGUUGUUUAAAAAAAAGUUACGCCUACUAAGCUGCCUGGUUUUUCCGUAAAUAAAACAGUGGUACUGUUUUUCCAUUUACCGUAAUUUGUUGUAAAAACACAAUAUUUUUUACAGUAUAAUUCUUGUGACCGAGUUUCCAGUUGUCACUGUAAAAUCACAAUUUUUUUACAGUGUACAUACAAAAUAUAUAUAAUAAUCAAUUACAUAGGCCUAUUAAUAUAUUAUUUGCUGUUACAAGCGGCCUUCUGAUGGCAGCCAAAACUGCGAUAUGGCCCUCGAUGAAAGCGACACCCAUGUGGUAAAGCGUUGUCUUAUUUUUCUCAACCAUGACUAUAGGAAGGCCAAGCCGUAAAAGAAAACGAAUGCAUGGAUGAAAAUGUGCUCUUGGGUGUAGACUACGGUGGUACCUCAGUUUUUGUCAGUAAUCCGUUCCAAAGAGACAAAACCCGAGUCAUACGAGAACUGAAGCAUUUUUCCACUUUGGAAAUACUGUAAAUCCAGUUAAUUAAAUACAGACACCCCAAACUAAUAACAAAAAAAAUAUUAUAGGAGAAAACAAUGCCUAAUAACAUCACUGUUACCUUUAUUGAAGACUCUUCAGACUUCAGUUACUUUCUUGAAUUCAAUUGUGUUUCUUACUUUUUUGACACUCACAACUUUAAUUGGCCCCUUUGGUGGAUUACUUUAAAAAAAAAGCACUUAAGUUGAGUCACCAAAGCAUAUGAUUCUUUGUUCAGGCACUUGGUGGUGUGGAAUGGCACACUUACUGGUUUGUUACAUGCAAUGAAACAGAACAUGAAAAUGUUGGUGAACGUUAACGCAGAAUCACACAUUUUAGGUGAGGCGUACAAAAACCUAGGCACCACUGUACUUGUCCUUUAUUGCAGAUGGUGCUACUCCUUUACUAGAUGAAACAACACACCCGGAUGAGCCGUUUUUGCCAUUGUGGAGAAAGGCCAGUGAAAAAUGUGUGCGUGUGUGAGAUGAGGAUACAAACUGUCACAUGCUUAAGCCAGUGACAGUUUAUACCUCCGAUUUGUCUUCUUCCUUUCAGAUCCAAACGGCUUUUCUUCUUCCUUUCUUUCCGUUUACCUGUCAUGAUAAAGAAAUGUGUUGGAAGAGAGAGAGAAAGUUCACUGUGUGGAUGCGUGCGCGUGAGGACAUCUCCAGUACGACGUGUUUAAUGUGACUCGUUGGCAUGCUCUGACUCCUUCACGUCGUCCUUUUUCUUUGCGUCGCAACUUCUGGUCCACAGUUGAAAAAUAAGAGGACCCAUGUCACAGCAGACAUGUAACAACACAUCUGCCAAGGUAAAGGAUGGGGACAGUAUGACGACACAAGUAGUAGAUAAAGCCAACGUGAGCAGUGUUGGUCCAGUAUUCAUUUUAGCCUUACUCACACUGACGGUACAUUGCGUGUCCUUUAUUUUGGCGGUGUGUAGUGAUUGUUUUUCUGAGGCUGCUGUUUGGGGAAAUCUGCAUGAGCUCAUGCCAUAUUUCAACCAGGAGAGAAUUUAGAUUGAAAAGCCAGUCCCUAAAAUUCUCAACUGUGUCUCUCUCAGAUUGUACAUCCGUUUUUUUUUAAAAAGAAAUAUUAAAAGAUGAUAUAAACCAAA